CCGGUCGUCGUGGGACGUGGGAGACCGAAAUCACUUCCUCGCCCCAAAAUCUUGUCGACGGCGCCGCCGCCGCCGCCCCCGGCACCUCCUCCCGAGGCUUGUAGCGCUUCGCGACGGCAGCACGCCCUGUCCCAGCUUGUUAGCUCCGACGCAGAUCCUCUUUGGCGCCCUCCGUGUCCAGUCUAGCUCGGCCGGCGAUGGCAGCGGAGCAGCGGUCGGAGAAGAAGAAUCCGCCGCCGGAGAAGAAGGCCCCGCUCCCGAAGGUGGUCACGCUCAACAAGGCCCUCAAUUUGGCCCAGACAUGGGUGGACAAAAUGAGCUCUCUGGAGCCGGAUGAGCUGAAUGAUAAGGAUUUCGAGGGUCGGCCGUCAGGGCUUGGCCUUGGUGCUAGAGUGGCGCCAAACGCGAAGCGGGCAGCUCCCACCAAUCCAGUGGAGAGGAGGCUGCUCAGGAAGGUGAAUGCGCAGAAGAGGAAGUCAGCGGAGGAAGAGAAAAUAAGUACUCAGGAGGUGAAUGAGGCGAGUGAUGAUGAUAGCGGUGAGCCUCAAGGUAGAACCAGUGCUUGUAGCAAGAAGAGGGAAUUGCCUUCCGUUACUUCAAUGCCAUUAGGGAAGAAGACCAAGUGACAGUUUGUAUGCACGGAACCCUCUAAAUAUUCAUACAUGUCUUGAUGUUCUAGUCAGAUUUUGACAAACCCCUAGGCGAUUCUAUUUUACCAGCUUACACCCUACAGUGGGUAUUUGUUAAAUGUAAGGGCAUAGCUGGGCUGGAUAUUUGGCAACUCAAUUUGAGCAGUUCCAGUGUUUGUAACGC